AUGGCUUUAACUCCUACGCUUAACCAACUCGGGAGAAGAGCUGCCGAUUUCCUUGAUGAGAAAUUUGAUAUCGUAGAGGUGCUGGCCAAUUUUUUGUCAACGUCAUUGGUCUCAGGAGUAGACAGUGAUCUUGUGGGAUGGCCUUACAUUGGUUUUGAUCUGAAUCCUUCUGUAGUAAAGGAAUCAAGGAAACUUGGUUUCCCGAUAUUGUAUGGAGACGGAUCUCGGCCAUCGGUUUUGCAAUCUGCAGGUGUUUCAUCUCCUAAAGCUAUCAUGAUAAUGUAUAAAGGCAAGAAGAGAACCACUAAAGCUGUUCAAAGACUCCGUCUUGCCUUCCCCGGGGCUCCGAUUUACGCAAGAGCUCAAGACUUGCCGCAUCUUCUUGAACUAAAGAAAGUAGGAGCAACAGAUGCAAUUCUUGAAAAUGCAGAGACAAGUCUACAGCUUGGUUCGAUGUUGAGAGGAUUUGGAGUAAUGUCUGAUGACGUAAGCUUUCUAAGUAAAGUUUUCAGAGAUUCAAUGGAGAUUCAAGCUCAAGACGAAAUCACUGCUGCUGAAACCAGUGCUGGUUCACAAGUUCCGCCUAUGAAGCCGAUGCAAAUGAAAGCUUCUGAUACAAAUGUAGACUCUGUGCAAGUACAAGUGAAAGCUUCUGAUUCAAACGCAAAUUCUGCAGAAAUUCUUAAAGAAACAGAUGGUUUGGGUCAGACUGAGAUUGAUUCUCCUGUGAAUAUAGAUAAUGGUUUUGUUGGUAAAGCUGAGAAAGCCCAAGAGUAA